UUUCAGUACCAAAAGCGGUAACCCCCCCCCGAGCUACACUCGGGCUUACCAUGAGGCGUUGUUUCAGGGAUCCACCGCAGCGCUUACCUUGUCCUUCGCUCCCGCGAUGUGUCCCCUGCAGCGUCCCCGGCCAUCUCCUCUGGCGGAUGCCAGCAUCCUGGCUUCCGUGUUCCGGUCCCUGUGACGUCGGGACGUACGGGCGCCAGAACAGUGGCAAAUUUGAAGUUUUUUUUUAAAAAUGUUUAUUUUUUUUAAAAUGAUUAUUGUGUCCCGAGUGCUUUGUCCGGCGCCCUGCCUGCAUUUUUACUGUUCUUUCUG